AUGCCUGUAACUGCACGCAAGACAGCACGUCCCCGAAAGCAACCGGUUUGGAAGCAAGUUGACACACCGCGGAGCUUAUCCGCUACAACGGGCAUGCAGCACGGCCAUAUCACACCCCCGAAACCAGGGGAGGAGAUCAACGUGUCUUUCAUCGACAAGGACGGCGAGAAGUGGGACUUCCAGGUGUCAGAGGGCGACAACUUGUUAGACAUUGCGCAAGCCAAUGAUCUGGAGAUGGAAGGUGCCUGCGGUGGCUCCUGCGCUUGCUCGACAUGUCAUGUUAUAGUGGAGGACCCUGAUAUGUUUGAUAAGAUGGAGGAACCCUCAGACGACGAAAACGACAUGCUUGAUCUGGCGUUCGGCUUGACCGAGACAUCGCGAUUAGGGUGCCAGGUACUGAUGAGCAAGGAGUUGGAUGGAAUGGUGGUGCGACUGCCGUCAAUGACCCGGAACCUCCAGGCCAGCGAUUUUCAGGCGAAGAAAUGA